GCAUAACUUCAAACCGAAGCCAAAAGAGAGUAGAGAAAAAACCGCUUCAAGACGGCCAACACAUCCUUGUAUCAACAGUCUCUCUCCCCUUCUAUUUUUUUUCCCCUCAAACAAAGACCUUAACCUUUGUUUUUUCCUGGAUCCUUUGAAAUCGUUUCUCAUUCUUUUUCCCCUCCCAUUCUUAAGGUUUUCAGAGUGAGGGUGUGUGUUUGUUACUCUUGACCUCAGCUUUUUCUGUUUUUAGUUUUUUGAUGGCGAAAAUCUCACAUCAAAACCAGAAGAACGGUUCGGGUAAUGAAAAAACUGCUGCACAACCUACAACCAAACUCAAGCGCACUCGUAAAACUGUUCCCCGUCACUCUCCUCCCCAACGUAGCUCCACGUAUCGAGGCGUUACUAGGCACCGAUGGACAGGGAGAUUUGAAGCUCAUUUGUGGGAUAAGAAUUGCUGGAAUGAAUCGCAGAAAAAAAAAGGAAGACAAGUGUAUUUAGGUGCUUAUGCGGAUGAAGAAGCGGCUGCACAUGCAUAUGACUUGGCUGCAUUGAAGUACUGGGGACAAGAUACUGUCCUUAAUUUCCCAUUAGCCACUUAUGAAAAGGAACUCAAGGAAAUGGAGAGUCAAUCAAAAGAAGAAUACAUUGGAUCUUUGAGGAGGAAAAGCAGUGGAUUUGCUCGUGGGGUCUCAAAAUAUAGAGGCGUGGCCAGGCACCACCACAAUGGAAGAUGGGAAGCUCGGAUUGGCAGAGUAUUUGGCAACAAGUAUCUCUAUCUUGGGACAUAUGCAACACAAGAAGAAGCAGCGAUGGCUUAUGACAUGGCUGCCAUAGAAUACAGAGGACUCAAUGCGGUUACGAAUUUUGACCUAAGUCGUUAUAUCGGUUGGUUACAUCCAAAUGACCAAAGUGAUUCCAAUAACUCUUCAAACCCUCAACAAAACUUUAAUGGUGACACCAAUUCAACCCCAAGUCCUAAUCAUGACACGAAGUUAGAGAUUUCCAUCCAAUCUCAAACUUACUGUACAAGUGAUACGCGACUAGACGACAGCAAUAGCAAUGGCAGCAGUAGCUCAGCCUCAUCGGCACUAGGGCAUUUGCUGAAAUCAUCAAAAAUUAAGGAAAUGUUAGAUAGGACAUCGGAGGCUGCAUGUCCAUCAACGCCGCCCGAACCUAACGUACCUCGUCGGAGCUUUCCGGAUUAUAUUCAAACAUACUUUGAUUGUCAAGACUCUAGCAGCUACACUGAGGAUGAUGAUAUUAUUUUUGGCGACCUAGAUUCGUUGGCGAUACCCAUGUUUCAUUGCGAGCUUGAUGGGUAGAUUUGAAAAAGAAAAAACAAGUUAAGGAUUUAGUGGCAAUGCAUAAUUAAGUUUGCAGGAAGGGAGUUUGUUUAUCUGUAUUGGUUCAUUAAAUGUAGAUAAAGAUAGGAGAUAAAGACAUUCAUUUAUCAAAUAUUUUAAAUAAAAAGAAUUGGCAUCAUGGAGCUUGAAUUUUACAUAAUUCUUUCUGAGUUAUGUAAAAUUUUCAUUCCUUCCGCUAGUGAGUUAUCAUA